UACAGGUACAAGUUACAACCCAUUGGAAGAGUAGAUGUAGAAAUGAUCAACCUCUUGGGAUUGUGCAACUUGUUGGAAUCCAUGGCACCCAUACGGAUGCACAAACCACGCGCAAAUUUACAAAAUGAUGAUCCAAUUCCCGUCCAGGGACUGUACGAAUAUGGUAUAUUCAGCACAUUUUUUGGUGGGAAUGAGGUUCGAGGCCAAUUCAGCUAUAAAAGCAGAGGGUCCUCAAUAUCUUUUACUGUGCCAUUACUUGAUAAUCACAGAACUCGAGGCUUGAUUGUCUUUGUUGUCUAUGUGAAUGCUGGCUAUGAUUCUCCUCCUAAUAUCCACCACAAUUAUUUGUCACAUAUAAUAGUAAAAAAUAAGAGCAACGGUCUGAGGGGGGCGUAUUGCCCAUCACACCACGGUAUUCCAGGUGAAGGAGAAGACAUGAUAUGGUUAAGCCACUGGAAUUUGGAUGAUCAGUUACAAGGGGGCGAUGAAGUGGUUGUUUCUGUAAUUAUGAAAUCUGGGCUUCUGGUAAAGGAGUUGGGCAUCCAACUUGUGCAGGUGCAACAAGAAGAGAAUCAUAAUAUGAUGAGUAUUUCCACAGAUUCUUCUUAUGAUGAUCGAAUAUGGUAUAAUAAGCGCCUUGGGGACUCUGAUGAAGAAGAUAAGAGAGAGGAGGUUUUCUCUCGUUUUGUACGUUUACCAGACAAAGAAGAAGAGCAACAGGAUGAUAUCACAGUUGCAACCACUACAGGCGGCAAUAACUCCAACGGCCUCCGUGGCUGGAAGGUGGAUGGUGAUCAUCAGAGAGGAAGUUUGCAGUUUGAUUACACGAAGCAGAUGCUUGAAAGUAUUUCAUAA